AUGACUCGCGGCAAGCUCGACGUGAACGUGCUCUCGGCGAUCAGGUUGAAGGACACGCAGACGUUCGGGAAACAAGACCCGUACGUCGUGCUCAAGGUUGGAGAGAGUCAGUCGGUGCGAACCAAGGUGUGCAAGGAUGGCGGAACGAGCCCGACGUGGAACGAACGAUUUUCCUUCAAUAUCGCGCGCGGGGAGAACGAGAUUGAUCUGCGGAUAUGGAAUGCGAACUUAAUGACGAGCGAUAAGUGCAUAGGGGCGGCGGUGGUGGAGCUCGAUAAGGUUUUUAAGGAACAGUUUGACGACGUGGAGGUGAGCGUGUUCGACGGCAAGGGACGACCGGCCGGGUUGAUCAACGUGGUGUUGACGUUCGCGCCGUCGCAGGUAUCAAAACCACACGAAACGACACAGGUGGUGGCGCAGGCGAGCCCGCGUGCGGUGGUGCAGCCCGUCGCGGGCGCGGGCGCAGCCGGGUACGCGGUGCAACUGCCGACGAACGGUGGCGCGCACUUUCAACAAUACGGUGGGCGCCCAGCGAUACACGCGACGGCGGCGCCGCACGUGAACACGCCGAACGUCACAUAUAUCCCGUACCAAGCGCCGCCUUCGGCACCGCCGCAACCGUACGUUCCACGACCCAUCGGCGGCGCUGGAGUAUCUCAUCCGCCACCGCCCGGAUAUCCACUGUCUCAUCCACCGCCGCCAGGAUACAAUCCUCGACCCGCGGCAUAUCCCCCGCCGCCGAGAGACGAUGUAUGGGGAUAA